AUGCCAUCCACUCAAGGACCUCCGCUACACGCCCGGAAAGGCAGGCCAGGCAGAAGCAACAAGAGGAAGCGACCAGUCGAGAUCCCAGAAGCGACUGAUCCGUCAGUCAUCCCACCUAUCGUGCCUGCUGAGGAGGAUGCUGCUACUGCAGCAUCAGACAUUCCCGUCGUGAAGGUAGAGGAAGAAGACGAGCCCUCGCCCUCAGCACCUCCCAAGCCUCUUCGUGGGCCAAAAGCAGGCAAGAAGCCAAAACUACAAAAGUCAACGUCCACAGCCGAGCAAGUCAAGUGCGUCAUCGAUUGGCCGCCCUACUUCAAGUCUCUGGAAACCACCCACCGCGCCCUCAACCUGGUGUUCACAUUCUGCUGCACGCGCAAGCACCUGGUAACGACCUUUGGCACGAUCCAGUCGGCCGUCGAGAGUCAUACCAAGCGCACGCUGCAGAUCGCUGAUGUCGCCGCCAUCUCGGCCCUGCGGCCGGACGGCAUCAACUUUGGCUAUGUCGACGAGGUGAUGCUGCAGAUCGAUGUCAAAGGCUCAGAGAGGAAUGAUACCUUCCUGACUGGCAAGGGCGGCCGGGGAUACAAGAAUCAGGGGUUCGCCGCCGAUGCCAGCGUGGGUGGGAUCACCGGCACGGAGGAACUGGGCGCCAGAGGCCACCCUGACGAUGACAAUGGCAUCGUGGGCGGCAAGGAGGUGCUGUACUUCGAGUUCAUCGACGGGGACCUCAAGAGGCAGGUCCAGUGCCGCAAGACGGGCGAGCCGACCAAGCCGACGAGGAAGCUGCGCGAGGAGGACCUCAAGAUGCCCGUGUACAGCCAGAAGCAGAUGACGGCGCUGAUCGAGAAGCGCAACGCCAAGUUCACCAGCUCCGUGAACGAGUUCAUCAAUAGGUGCGUCGUGCAGAGCCUGGACCCGGAGGUGGCACUGAGGAGCGAGGCGGAGGGUUUUGUGCCCGUCUCGAGCGAGGCCACGCGGGAGAGCACGCCACGGCCGGACCUGAGCAGUACCCUGCCGGAGACGAUACCCAAGGAGAGGAAGAGCAUACCCGAGAUCGUGCAGGAGCUGAAGAACAGCCUCUGGUAUACGGGCCAGGUCGUACCUGAUGGUCACAGGGUAUUUGAAGCGCAGGAGCCGGUGUUUGGCGACCUCAAUUUCCUGCUCAGCCAGGACCUCGUGAACGCGCUCUACAACGCGAAGGGAAUCACUCAGUUUUUUGCGCACCAGGCCGAGGCCAUCAAUAACCUACACGACGGCCACCACGUCGUCAUAUCCACGUCGACGAGCUCUGGCAAGUCGCUCAUUUACCAGCUGCCAGUCUUACACGCCUUGGAGCAGGACCCAAACACCAGGGCAAUGUACAUUUUCCCCACCAAAGCCCUGGCACAGGACCAGAAGCGCAGCCUGAAGGACAUGCUUUCGUACCUGCCCGGCCUAGAGAACACGCUGGUCGACACCUUCGACGGCGACACGCCCUGGAAGGAGCGCAACACGAUCCGGGACGAGGCGCGCAUCAUCUUCACCAACCCGGACAUGCUGCACAUCUCCAUCCUGCCGCAGGAGGAGCGCUGGCGGGCGUUCCUCCAGAACCUCAAGUACGUCGUCGUCGACGAGCUGCACUACUACAACGGCCUGAUGGGCAGCCACGUCGCCUUCGUCAUGCGGCGGCUGCGCCGGAUCUGCGCCGCCGUGGGCAACAGGAGGGUCAAGUUCGUGAGCUGCUCCGCCACCGUGGCGAACCCGCGGGAGCACUUUGGCACCAUAUUCGGCAUCGAUGACGUCCACCUGGUGGACUUCGACGGCAGUCCUUCGGGUAGGAAGGAGUUCCUGUGCUGGAACACGCCUUUCAAGGACCCCGGAGAUCCGACGAGCGGGAGGGGCAGCGCCAAGUUUGAAUGUGCGAGGCUGUUCUGUCAGCUUAUACUCCGGGGUGUGAGGGUCAUCGCUUUCUGCAGAGUACGAGAGCAGUGUGAGAAGCUCGUGGGGGCGGUCAAGUAUGAGCUAGAGAGGUUAGGCCGCAGUGAUUGUAUCAACCGCGUGAUGGGCUACCGGGGAGGGUAUACGGCCCAGGACCGGCGCCGGAUAGAGACCGAAAUGUUUGAGGGGAAGCUCAUUGGGAUCAUUGCCACCACGGCCCUGGAACUAGGGGUUGAUAUUGGGAGCCUCGAUGCCGUCUUGACCUGGGGCUUCCCGUACACCAUUUCGAACCUCCGACAGCAGAGUGGCCGAGCCGGGAGGAGGAAUAAGGACUCACUGUCCAUCCUUGUAGGUGAUUGCUUCCCGACGGACCAGCACUUUAUGCAGAAUCCAGACGAGCUGUUUACCAGGCCCAACGCCGAGCUGCAGGUGGACUUGGAUAACAUGAUGGUUCGGGAAGGACAUAUCCAGUGUGCGGCUUAUGAGAUGCCGAUACGACCGAAAGAAGACGCGAAAUACUUCGGUGAGGAUAUUGAGAAACUCUGCCGAGAACGCCUCGUCAAGGACGAUUCAGGCUUCUACCAUUCGCAUGAGCGGUUCCGGCCGCAGCCUUCGAAGUUUGUUUCCAUCCGAGACACGGAGGAGGACCAUUUCGCCAUCAUCGACAUCACUCACGGACGGAAUGUGGUUCUCGAAGAGCUCGAGGCAUCCCGUGCAACCUUCACAGUCUACGAUGGCGCCAUCUUCCUACACCAGGGAGUCACGUACCUGGUCCGGGAGGUCAACCCGGAAAAGCAACUGGCCCGCGUCGAGAAGGUCAAGGUGGACUGGACCACGACGCAGCGCGACUACACCGACGUCGACCCGAUCGAGACGGAGGCCAUCCGCAGGAUCAAGGGGUCGCAGUCGCGGGCCUUCUUCGGCACCAUCAAGAUCAAGCAGGUCGUCUUCGGCUACUUCAAGGUGGACCGGCAGAACCGCGUCCUGGACGCGGUGCACGUCGACAACCCGCCCGUGGUGCGCUUCAGCAAGGGCAUGUGGAUCGACCUGCCCCGGGGGGCGCUCGAGAUCCUCGAGUCGCGGCGGCUGCACGUCGCGGGCGCCAUCCACGCCGCCGAGCACGCCAUGAUGAGCCUCGUGCCCAACUUCGUCGUGAGCAUGCCCGGGGACGUGAGGACCGAGUGCAAGAACAGCCUCAAGGAGUUUGCCGCGCAGAAUUCCAGCCGCAAGAGGCCCGCGCGCCUGACAUUCUACGAUGCGAAGGGCGGAGCCGGCGGCAGCGGGAUCAACACCAAGGCGUUCGAGUUCGUCGACGUGCUCCUGCGGCAGGCCCUCGACCGCGUCGAGGAGUGUCGCUGCUCGUCCGGCUGCCCUGAGUGCGUCGCCAGCGAGUUCUGCAAGCAUGCCAACGAGGUCAUGAGCAAGGCCGGCGCCGAGGUCGUGCUCCGCUGCCUGCUUGACCUCGAGAUUGAUAUUGAUGCGCUGCCUAUGGGACCCGAGGAGGGGUGGAAUGGCCCCGUCGAGCUGGUUGAGACGGUUGUACUUGCUACGCCGGUGCGUCCAAGGGAUCGUGGGGCUUUGAGGCUUGUUGAUGUUAAGGAGGAGGAGGUUGAUGAGCCUGUUGUCUUGCCGGAGUGA